AUGCGGAUCCAAGGAACAAGAGAAACACUAUCCAAAAGCAAUCAACAUCAGAUACCAAUUAAAACGACGAAAAAAGUCCAUAAGGUCAGAGCGAACAGCGCUGUCAGCUGCGAAACGGGGCCAAGCGCGGGCCGGGGCGGGCAGCGCGCGAGGGACGGAGGGCAGGUUAGCGCCCGGACGGCGAGAGCGGCGCAAGUGCACAGCGGCGACGGAGACGCAGACCGCCGGCUGCAAACACGACGGCGCAGCGAAUGCACUGGAGCAGCCGUCGCCGAUCCACGGGAGAAGGGAGCUGCACCACCAGCAGCACGGACCCCCGGCCGAGGGGGCUACAGCUCCUCGAACAUUCGAUCGCUAAGCACCAGCACACCUGUCCACGAUUUUCUGCCUUGGAUUCAAGAGACCACCGCGGAACCCCACCUGGAAGUGGGUUACGCAAGCAACGCACUCAACCAUGCAAGCAGUCUUGUCAAUCCGGUGAGUAUCGAUCGUGCUGGGCCCUGUUCUCGCUCUCGUGGUGCUCUUCCGUACUUCUCACACUAUCUUCUAAGGAAGAAACAGAGAGCGAGGAAGAAAUCGUUGGAGUUGAGUCCAAAUCGUCCAAUUUUGCUCUAA